CCUUCCACCACCCCCCCCCCUUUUCCCAGGCUCCUCUUCAGGUAAACAGCGAUGGCCGCCGAGGAAGGAGGUGGCGAACGCCGUAAUAACAUGGGGAACCACCUGCAGCUGGUGCCUGCAGAGAGCGAGGAAGAGGAUGAAAAUGAAAUGGAAGUUGAAGAUCAAGAGGGUAGAGAUGCCGAAAAGCCAAACAUGAUCAAUUUUGACACCAGUUUGCCAACAUCACAUGUGUAUUUAGGUUCUGAUAUGGAAGAAUUUCACGGGAGAACACUGCACGAUGAUGACAGCUGUCAGGUGAUUCCAGUGUUGCCCCACGUGAUGGUGAUGUUGAUUCCUGGACAGACGUUACCUCUUCAGCUUUUUCACCCUCAAGAGGUUAGCAUGGUGCGGAAUUUAAUUCAGAAAGACAGAACAUUUGCUGUUCUUGCAUACAGUAACGUACGUGAAAGGGAAGCACAUUUUGGAACAACAGCAGAGAUAUAUGCCUACAGGGAAGAGCAGGAGUAUGGAAUUGAAACGGUCAAAGUAAAAGCAAUAGGAAGACAGAGAUUCAAGGUGCUUGAAAUACGAACCCAGUCAGACGGAAUCCAACAGGCUAAAGUACAAAUCCUUCCCGAGCGAGUGCUGCCUCCAACAAUGUCAGCAGUACAGCUGCAGUCUCUCAGCCGAUGUCACAUAUUUCCUUCUUCAAAACCUACGGUGUGGCAGGAUCGAGCUUUUCGUCAGUGGUGGCAGAAGUAUCAGAAGAGGAAGUUUCACUGUGCCAGUCUGACAUCUUGGCCUCCCUGGCUUUACUCUUUAUACGAUGCUGAAACCUUGAUGGAAAGAGUCAAGAGACAGCUACACGAAUGGGAUGAAAAUCUUAAAGAUGAGUCUCUUCCAACAAACCCAAUAGAUUUUUCUUACAGAGUUGCUGCUUGCCUGCCCAUCGAUGAUGCGUUACGCAUACAGUUGCUUAAAAUAGGUAGCGCUAUUCAGCGGCUUCGGUGUGAAUUAGAUAUUAUGAACAAAUGUACGUCCCUUUGUUGUAAGCAAUGCCAGGAUACAGAAAUAACAACCAAGAAUGAAAUAUUCAGUUUGUCCUUAUGCGGACCCAUGGCAGCAUAUGUGAAUCCUCAUGGUUACAUCCAUGAAACCCUUACUGUAUAUAAAGCCUGCAACUUGAAUCUCAGUGGACGACCAUCAACAGAACACAGCUGGUUUCCUGGCUAUGCCUGGACAAUAGCCCAGUGCAGAAUCUGUGGGAACCAUAUGGGAUGGAAGUUCACAGCUACCAAAAAGGAAAUGUCACCACAAAAAUUUUGGGGAUUAACACGGUCUGCUCUCCUGCCUCGGAUUCCAGAAGCAGAGGAUGAGUUGGGCCACGACAGAUCUCCGUUACUCUGCUUGUAAUCCAGUACCUUGCUUUGGAGAUGAACAGGCAGUACUCUGUCUCCUAGAUGCAUCUGCUUAGUUCUGCUUUUGAUGCUCACUUAAAAACUAACAAAACAAGAACUCGCAGCCGCACGCAAAGAAAGCUUCACCUUUGCCGUGCAUCCACGUUGCUGUUGUUUUUUGGACGCUGAGAAUUGAAGGUUGAUUCUUAAAAAUGACAGCUGUGGAGAGAAGGUGGCACGAGACACCAGGAAAUCAGUUCAUUUGGGCAGACUUGACUCUGAACUUUCUACUUCGUCUGAACUUUCAUUUCAGGAAAUGUUUGCUGCUAUCAGCCUGCAGUGAAAGAAAUAGAGUAUAAUUAUGCAACAUGUGAUGGUAGAUACCAGUAAUUCAUUGCAGGAUAUUUCCCUUACUUAAAAGUGUUUUUGAUGAGAAUCCCUGUUUCUAACUUCGCAGUUUUAAUCUCGUGAUGUUUAUGAAAUGUUUGUUGAAUAACCAUCGAAGAGAGUAGAAGGCUGAAGGAUGUUGUGUUGGUGAUGUCAGUAGUAGUGGUGUAACUGGCAGAGCUGGCUGCUGGGUGCAGCUAGAACAAGUAUGCCAGAAAAUGCCCUUUGAAAGGAGCUUAUAUUGUAUUUGGUCCUUAGAAGUUCUCUGGUAUAUUGAGCAUUUCUGACUUCAGAAACCUUUUAAAUUUUAAAUUAUUUAUACAGAAUAUACUGGUCAGUCCCAGAACAUGAAAGACAUUGUUAUUUACUGUGGUUUACUUUGGAAUGUAGUUUUUGUAUUUUUCACAGCAAUUUCAAUGGGAGAUCAGCUUAUAGGAAUGCAUGCCUGGGAUUCCCUGAGACUGGAGAUUUUUCUCUAAUACCUGUUCUGAUAAGAGACUCAGCAUAUCUUUUUCCUUCAGUGCUUUAAUAUCAUAAGGUAAAAUUUUACUUUAUCACCUUACCUUAAAGAAACAAACUGACAGUGCUUCCCCCUCCCCCCCCCCACUCUUUUCCAGUUAGUUUGUUUCCUGGGACUUUGUCUGUGCUACAGAAAUGGAUGCUAAAAUGGAGCAGCUUUUGCUACUGCUUGGUUGUUGUUCUUUUUCCCCUCAGAACAAAAACCAAACCUGAAAAUGGCAAAAUUUCUCCAGUUUGUGAGUGUACAUACACACUUUUUACCUUGAAGCUAUUGCAUUCACUGUUUCUUCUUGUGCAUUUUCAAGAACUUGCGUUGUUAAAUACUAUGGGAAUAAUGCUUAAGGUUGAAGAUGUAACCCAGUAGUUGUUCCUUCCCAGUUGCAUCAGACGUGUAGCAUGGACAGAUUACUGCACUGAGAGGCUAAGGUCAGACCUCUGCAAGACAGGUAUGAUCUGAUCUAAUCUAAGUAGUGUGUGUUACUGUACAGCUUAAGAAAAAUCCAGAUGCCAGAUGCUGAAAGGCUGUUAGGAUAUUAUGCUAAGUAGGUAGGAACUGAUGAUUGUGUAACUCAGGUUUAGUUCUUCGAAGCCUUCUACCUCUGUGCUUCUGUAAUAACUUUUGUUUUCUCCAUAGGCAUCUUUAAUACCAUAUUUAAUUGUCUGUGCAGUACUCUGACUUGCCAGUGAACUGUGAAAAGCAAUACUUCUUUGAAUAUAACUCUGAAAAAACAGGGGGUGAAUGCACUCGUUUUCUUAUGGAAAGAAAAUAUUCAUUGUGUUUAUGUAAUAAGCUUUUGAAAGACUAAAAUAAGGAGCAGUAUGUGAGACUGUGAAACUUCUGUACCUAGAUAGCCACUAGAAUCACACCUAGCUUCCCCCUCACUCCCUGCACACAGACACACACACACAGAGCCACACAUGGCUUAGCUGUAGGCUUGGGUUGUUUUUUUCUCCUCUAAGGUACUCAAGUAUCUCUUGCUCCCAUUACCCUCAAUAGGGCUUGUGGGCAAUGCUAAGGUGCUUAAGUAUCUUCUGCCAUUUGCUUUCAGUGAGUGAGGCCUUCAGGAUGAUCAUUUUCUCAGCUCUCUCUGGACUUCUCAAGGUGUUUUGGGUUUUGCCUAAGUCUUUCAGAUGGCCUGAAUUAAGAAUGGCAUUAUGUUCACAAUGCUGAAAUACAAAAUAGGCAUAUUUUUGGUAUUGUGUGUAUACAUAUAUUGUCAAGUGUAGCUAAUAUUACCAAGUGAGACAGCUCACAAGUAAAUUAGCACCAACUUUUUCUUAGUGUUGAUGACUUUUUCAUCUGCCCAGCCUUCUGUGAGUUGUUUCCCAUUUGUAAGUCUGUGACUUUGCAGGCUGAAAGCAAGUGUCAUUCAGCUUGCUGCAAAAUUGGGGAAUCCUGUCAUGGUGAAGCUGGCAGUUAAAAUGCAAAAGGCCCAGCCAGCAUGUGACCUUCAGUGUGGAUGUAGAGUCGUGAAAGGCUCAAUAUGUUGAUGAAUGUUCUCUAUGCUUCUUUUAUCCUUUUUUUGGAGAGAAAACUACUAGAAUGUUGGGACUGUGGAAAUCUAUUACUGGCAAAUAUGGCCAUCAUAAGCUUUUGAGAGCUAAGUACAAAGAAAAUCAGCAUAUCUUACAGUAAUAGCUAUCUUCACUGCAUUCGGUGGUUGGCAUGUGGCUUCAUGCCGUAAUUAAUCCAAUUAACGUGCUGGCUGCUGCCAAAUGAGGUUUUCUUCCACUGUAAUUCCUCUUAUUAUGGGAGACCUGGGAAUUACGCAGCCACGGUGCUGGUGGCACAGCCAUGGCCUUGCUGGGUCUGCUGAAAGGAUUAAAGGCAUUUUGGGGUGGGGGGAAACCACAGGGGGUUGCCCUGUUGUAGUAUUGCUGCAAUAGCAUAACGAUGUCAUACAAUCAGAGCCUGUAAUAUUGCAAGCUUUCAUAUAGCUUAGUUUUGAUGACUGUGUAGAAUGAGGACAGGAUAUUUACGCACUUGUUCUUAACAGUUCUAGCUGUUCCUUUUUUGUAAUAAUGAUGCUAUUUUUGUACGCGCUGCACUUCAUUUUGUUCAUUGUUGAUCACCAUUAAUUGCUUUGUAGGAGCUGCAGAAGGUGUAGCCCAUUCUCUGCUUUAACUCUUCCUCUGUCUGCCUUUUGGGACAAGUUUUCAGGAAAAUCUCGUUGCUUGCAAACAAUUUGCAAAGAAUAAAACUCAAUUUGAUUCAAACCGA